GCACCUUUGUUGCAGAGCACUGUAAAGAGCAAAAUGGCUCCAGCGAGUGUUCUCCGUGUAAAAGGCAUGAAUACAUCGAGUACCCAAAUGACUUUUCCAAGUGCCUUGCCUGCCGGACGUGUAGGGCAGAUCAGGUGGAGCUGAGGGCCUGCCGAGCUGACAGCAACACGCAGUGCGCCUGCAGGAACGGCACCUUCUGCUCCCCGGACCACCCCUGUGAGAUGUGCCAGAAGUGCCGGCCCCGGUGCCCCAAGGGUGAAGUGGAGCUGGCUCCCUGCACGGCGCACAGCGACCGCCAGUGUGGUCCUCCCACCGGCACCUUCUCCAGCUCCUCUAACACCUUGAUCGUGGUCAUCGUAGUGGUGGUAUUUGCGGUCCUGCUGCUCUUCAUCUGGAAGUGCUGCUGCUGCCAUUCCCCAGGAGACAGGAGAGACCUGAGCAGGAAGUCCUGCAGCGUGGUGCUCCUGGGAAAGCUGGAGGAGCAGGGGGAUGAGUCUGGCCCCUGCAGGGAUGUGGUGGAGCUGGGCCAAGCGGAGGAGGGUCUCCGCGUGUCGCGUCCAGUGAGUCCCAGCGCUCCGGGGCCGGAGGUGAUGGCGCCGAGGACCUCGUGUCCCGGUGAGAAACCCAGGAGGAAUCUGGUCCCAGUGCAAGGAAAAGACCCCAUUACCCUUUUGCGAUCCUCUUUUGACAUCUUUGCCCAAGAAGUGCCCUGCAAGGACUGGAAGAGAUACGGCCGAGCCCUUGGUCUGCGGGAGAACGACAUUGCCCUUGCGGAGAUGAACGACAAGUAUUCGCUGGAGCCCUUCUUCCAGAUGCUGAACAUGUGGAAGAACAACCAAGGGAUGAACGCCUCUGUGAACACACUGCUGGAGAGCCUGCACCAGAUCAAUCUCGGCGGGAUUGCAGAGGACAUCUCCUUCAAGCUGGUCCAGCAGGGAUCUUUCCAAUAUGAAGUGAGCUGA